GCCGAUGGAGGCGGAGGCGGCGGCGCCGCCAACUCAUGAGAUGCAGAUGAAUUCUCUGUCACCGUCCCCCGUUCCCGCAUCUCCUGGGCCGUUAAAUAACCCCGCCAGCGGCCCGAGGUUUGGAACUGUCAUCCCUAAUCGCAUCUUUGUAGGAGGAAUCGAUUUUAAGACUAAUGAGAGUGACUUGAGGAAAUUUUUUGCCCAGUACGGGGCAGUGAAAGAGGUGAAGAUUGUAAAUGACAGAGCGGGAGUGUCGAAAGGGUAUGGUUUCGUCACUUUCGAAACACAGGAAGAUGCCCAAAAAAUUUUGCAAGAGGCCGAAAAACUGAAUUAUAAGGAUAAGAAAUUGAACAUUGGUCCUGCAAUAAGAAAACAGCAAGUAGGGAUACCUCGUUCCAGUCUAAUGCCAGCAGCCGGAACAAUGUACUUGACGACUUCCACCGGCUACCCGUACACUUAUCACAAUGGCGUGGCUUAUUUCCAUACUCCUGAGAUGACUUCAGCCCCGCCACCUUGGCCUUCGCGUUCUCUCUCCGGUUCUCCUGUGGUGGUUGCCCAGCCUGUUUAUCAGCAACCUGCGUAUCAUUAUCAGGCACCAGCCCAGUGUCUUCCAGGACAAUGGCCGUGGGGUGUUCCACAGUCUCCCGCUUCUUCGGCGCCGUUCUUAUAUCUGCACCCGUCCGAGGUCCUGUAUCAGCCAUUAGAAAUCUCCCAAGAAGGCAGCUGUAUGCCACCCCUCUCCCUCGUGGAACCGUCCAUCCCAGAGUUUGCCAACCCGGGACCGUAUUGCUUCAGAAGACAGAUGGAUUGGAGGAAGGGAACCAAGGUUACAUUCUGUGAGAAGAAACCUGCUGCUACCUCCUCCCGGAGAAAUUACUACGAGCUACGUCCUUGCUUCUGAUGACUGGAUUCAAACUCAACCGCCUACCUCUAUUUUCAGGAUUCAAGUAUACCUCUAGAGACUCCUAAUGCCAGCAUUUAUGUCUUGGACUUAAACCAACCUCCCUCUCGCAGCUCCAAAAAUACCUUUUUCAUGCUCCUGUUCCGAUCUCUGCCAGCCAGAAUCCAUCUCUCGUUUCUCAUCUAGCCUUCGGGACUUAAAUCUAACAUGUUUAAUGCUCCGGGGUCAAGAGAAGCCAAUCCUAGUUCUCACUCAAACCUGGGACAGAGACAAAACAAGAGGGAAAUGUGCUGGAGAAAAGAGCUUUUGAGAACUCUGGGAAAGAAUAUUUACGAAAUAGUUUUAGGGUGGUAAAUACAUCUUGAUCGUUAGUAGCCAACUGUUUUAUACACGACAUCGUGAUGCCAUGGUGCUGGUUAAAACGACCUACUUUCCAUUUUUUUUUUUUGGUAAAAAGCCCCAAAUAUUAGCAUGCAGUCACUCGCCCCAGUAUUCAUCUAAAAAUUCUAGAAUUUAUAACAUCUUCAUUUGGGGACAUUUUAUUGAUUCUGAUAGACUUAUGGAAACGACUAUACAUUUUCACGUUUUCUCGUCCUCAUUUUGAGUUGGUAAAUUGGGUUCCAGUAAUAUCUUAGGAAAAUCAAGCGGAGUUCAUAAACUGGGAAACAUUUUUCCCUGGGAUUUCGAAAGAUUUAAAGGAAUCGAGGGUUUUAGGAUGUGUUGCCAAGUACCUUAGUAGAAACGUGAAUAAUUUGAGUAAAUUAAGCACCGUAAUUUCAAAUCCCUGGGUCAAAGCCCUCCUCGCUUGGCGACAACUCCUAAGGAAAGAAACAGACCUCGAACGAGCCAUUUUGGAAGAAAAGUCAAAGCGCCUUCCACCCACACAUACAUAGCUGUCUUUAAGCAGAACAAUAUGUUUCAAAUCAUUCACACUGAAGUUCCUCAGCAUUUCCUUUUGGGAGCAGAGAGCAGGACGUGCGGAUUGGCGGGGGGGGUCGAUUAUUUUUUUCCAAGGGUCCAAGCGAGCGUCUGGAUGGGUUGGAAGGUCGCUUCCAUCCGAGCCCCGUUCAAUCCGAUUCCAGCCCCCUAAUACUUUGAGACCAGCGAUAUACCUUCCACGGGUUCGAAGGAUUUAAGGUGUUAGGAAAUAGGCAGCUCCGAGAUUAUAAAACACAGUGCAUCCGUAGUCAAAAAUAUACGGGCUACGGCAACGGAAAACCGAAGUUUCUGCCGUCGGUCACGAAUAAUAAAGUCGUGGCUUCGUUGUAAUGAAAAGGUCAAUUCAAAUAAAAGAUAUGAAUAUCGA